CGACCCCCUUUGGUCCUAUAAAGUGACUGGCCCCUAGGCUCCUGCAACCUUUGCGGCUCAAAAUUUGUACUACUCGCUACUAGUUCCAACCCCACAGACUCUCUUCUUGACUCAACAGCUAUUAUGGAAGAGAUCCCUACGCUCAACCUUCGCCGGCCAGCUUACAGCCCAGUCUGCAGCAAUAUUCCGCUGCCAGAGAGCCCAAAACUGCCAAUGGAGUUCUUGUCAAGGUCAUGGAGUGUCUCAGCUCUUGAAGUCUCAAAAUCCCUCUCUUGCAUGGCCUCUAACAAGUCUGCUAGCAGCUCUACUUGUACUGAUGCUUCUUCUAUACCUGAAGAUGUCACUGGUGAGAUGACCGAGGAGAUUGUGCAUACUAAUCCGUUUGCCAACCAGUUUCCUUUUGCUUCUUCUGCUACUUCCCAGCUUGUACUUGAACGUAUCAUGUCACAAUCAGAAGUGUCGCCGCUGGCUUCAGGGAGGCUCUCUCACAGCAGUGGACCUUUGAACUUGACGGAAUCAGACAGCCCCCCAAUUUCACCCUCUGAUGAAUUUGAAGACAUUGUUAAGUAUUUUCGUUCUCACAACACCUUGAACCCCCUAUUCAGUGGUGGCCGUGCCAGUGCUGGACCUGGUAGUGGUGCCCCUCCAAGUGGAGCCAAGACAGUUGGGAGGUGGUUGAAAGACAGAAAGGAGAAAAGGAAAGAAGAAACUAGAGCCCAAAAUGCGCAGCUCCAUGCAGCUGUUUCAGUUGCUGCUGUGGCUUCUGCCAUAGCAGCCAUUGCAGCAGCCACAGCUUCUUCAGCAUCAGGAAAGAAUGAGCAAUUGACCAAGACUGACAUGGCUGUGGCAUCUGCGGCUACAUUGGUGGCUGCUCAGUUUGUGGAGGCUGCUGAGGCUAUGGGCGCUGAGCGUGACCAUCUUGCUUCAGUAGUGACCUCUGCUGUGAAUGUUCAUUCACAUGAUGAUAUCACCACUCUAACAGCAGCUGCAGCUACUGCUCUACGGGGGGCAGCAACCUUGAAGGCAAGAGCAUUAAAGGAUGUUUUGAACGUUGCAGCUGUAAUACCAAUGGAUAGAGGCAUCGGAAUCUAUGGUGUGGGAAAUUAUGUCCAUCAUAACCGAAGCUACAGCGGUGAGCUUUCCAAUGGGGAGAAUUUCUCGGGUGCCUGUAGUGUAGAGUUCCUCGCCAGGGGCAGUGAGCUUCUCAAGCGCACCCGCCAAGGCGAUCUGCACUGGAAAAGUGUCUCUGUUUACAUACACAGAACAGGACAGGUGAUGCUAAAGAUGAAGAGCAGACAUAUUGCAGGAACUAUCACCAAAAAGAAAAAGAAUGUGGUGUUGGAGGUUUGCAAGGAUUUGCCAACAUGGCCAGGGAGACAUCUGUUAGAGGGUGGAGAUCAGCGUCGAUACUUUGGACUGAAAACACUAACAAGAGGUAUUGUGGACUUCGAGUGCAAGAACCAGAGGGAACAUGAUAUCUGGACUCAAGGAGUUUCAAGGCUUCUCUCAAUUGUAUCCCAAAGAAAGAACAGAAUCCCAAUCUAGAGUUCCACUAGAACUAAAGGCAAUGGGUUUGUUUUUAUGACUAAUUAGCUAGGCUUCUGAACUUACCGGAACCACUGUUGAUUUUGUCCUUCUCGGAAAUGUAAGUGCAGUGCAGGCAUAAAAGAGGUUUGCUUUCGGCACUAAAACGAAACUAGAGGGUAAAAAAUCAUGUAUAUGCUUACAUCUUCGGUUUGACCGAAGUAAGGGAAGCAGACUACUGUAGUUAUGGCACGUUAAAGAAGUUGACUACAAUUAGAUGGUGUUAUUUAAUUGAAAAUGGUGGUUUCCCAAA